GACAUGUCUUGUUCUAUGGUUUGUUGAUUGGAGGGAGAGUUUACUCUUGAUUGUUUACUAGUUUUAAGUGUUGGUUCAGAAAUAUAGAAAAUGCGUUGUGCAGUUUACGGUUGCAAUAGUGAUACGAAAGUUAAAACUCCAAAAAUAAAGUUUCAUAGAUUUCCAAAAGACAGUAUUUUAGGCAAGCUAUGGGAGAAUGCUUGUUGUCGUACGGACACAAUUAAUGUUGCCUCCGCUAGAAUAUGCUCCCAGCAUUUCAAAAAUGAGGAUUUUGAGAGAAAUUUUCAAUUUGAACUUUUAGGAUACUUGCCAAAAGCAGGUUUUAAACUUAAGCUUGGUGCAGUUCCUUCCCUAAAUUUGCCAGAGAUCAAAUCGCUAACAAAACAGCAGGUAGAUUAUAACGAAAGAGCUUCAAAGAAAUUUGGAAAAAUAGAUGCACAGGACAAUAUCGUCCUUGCUCUAAACAUAAGGUUCAGAAAAUAUGGCGGACUAGACGAAAAUAUUUCCAUUGACGAGAGUAUGAUACCAUACUACGGCAAACACUAUGCCAAACGGUACAUCAGAGGAAAACCCAUUCGUUUCGGAUUAAAAUACUGGGCAAUUUGUACAAGCUCUGGAUACCUGGUGUCUUUUGAGAUUUAUACAAGAAAAUCUCAAGAUAAUUCUGAUAAACGAGGAUUUGGGCUUGGAGGCGAUAUAGUGCUUAAAUUACUAGAAAAAUCGGAGAUUUUACCUAAUGGCUACAAUAUUUAUUUUGACAAUUAUUUCACUAGUUUACAUCUACUAGGACAUUUGUCGCAAAACAAAAUCUGUGCUACAGGAACUAUACGAGAAAAUCUAACAGGACACUGUCUGUUUCCUGAAAAGAAGUUUUGGAAAUUGCAAGAGAAGGGUAGUUACCAAUUUGUGGCCAAAGAUGAUACGCUCUUAGGCCAAUAG